CACACCGCAAAAUAAUUAUCACAAAAGACAACAUCCUCAGCUGCUAACUGCAGCGAAAAAUUGCAUUCUUCAUUUUGUGAAAACUUUUAUAUUUUAUUACAAUUAAAAGUGGCAAAAGUAAAAAAUGUACCUUGGAUUGAUCUCUUUGCUUAUCCUGCUAGCGAUAAGCUUAAACAUAGCAAUUGCCGUCGAAAGUCGUCGUGUACAUGACAAAAUAUACACAUCCAUAAGUGGAGCCAGCUGCUUCAGACGUCUCAAUGGCACGCACCAAACAGGCUGUUCAUCGAGUCAAUAUGGUUCGACGGGAGCAUUACAUCUUAUACAAGUUGUUGAAGACUUUGAAUUUUUACUACGCAACCCACCUGCACCACCAUAUGCACCUAUGAUACCACCGCAUCUCUUCACACGGGAAAAUAUAAUGCGUUUAAAGGAACAGGGGACAAGCAGUAUUUCUGCAGUGCUCCUAAUUGGCGGCAAAGAAAAGGUGACGCAAUUCUCUCAUGAACUUACCUGCCCUAAUAGAUAUAGUGGACUGUUAUUGUCUGAAAGCAACGAAACGGCGACAUGCGAUACACGUAAUCCCGAAAACGCGUGGAAUCCUUGGGGUUCAGGAUUGUUGCAUGAAGAUUUUCCUUUUCCCAUCUUAUACAUAUCCGAUGAGGAUGAGGUUAAUAAACUAAAAUCAUGUUUUGAAAAAUUUAAUAAUUACGAUUACGAAGGGCAUAACACACGCAGCCUUUGUUCUGUAGAACUACAACAAUUUAUGGUUGGAGCCGUAAGCUCCGAAGUGUGUAUACGUCGUACAAAUUUCCUUAAUAAUCUAGGGAGCACCAAAUACUGUGAUCCCUUGGAAGGUAGCAAUGUCUAUGCAACACUUUAUCCCCGUAAUAUUCAACCAAAUGCUGUCAAUGGGCAAGCUAAUGAAACGAACAUAACUGAUGAAAAAGAAAAGUUUAUUUUAAUCACUUGUAGAAUGGACACUGCGUCAAUGUUUGACAAUAUAGCCCUCGGUGCCAUGGAUUCGCUGACAGGAUAUGUCACGCUGAUGAGCAUAGCCAGCACUUUAAAACAAUAUCUACCUAGUAAUUCCUCAAAUUUAACUAAGAAAACUAAUAUACUUUUUGUCAUCUUCAACGGCGAAUCAUACGAUUAUAUUGGCUCUCAGCGUUUUGUGUUUGAUAUGGAAAAUUUUGACUUUCCAUCGGCCUCAACACAAAGAGCACCUAUAACAUUUGAGAAUAUAGAAUUAAUGAUCGAUAUUGGUGUGUUAGAUGAAAUUUCUACAAUAAAUGUGCAUACACUAAAUAAAACCGACAAAGCGGAGGAAUUCGUCAGAGUUUUAAAUUCCCAGAGCCAGAACUUUAACAUAAAUUAUCAGCUAAAUGUGGGUAAUAAUAUUCCACCAACUUCAGCGCAAUCAUUCCUCCGCAAAAUGAAAACAUUCCCUGCCAUAAUAUUAAACUCAAAGCCCCAAAAUAAAUACUAUCAUUCCAUCUACGAUAAUGCGGCAAAUUUGAAUUUUACCUAUUAUAAUCACACCGAACAAAAUUACACAAAACUUAUUUCUACGGAGGAGGCACUACAACUAUUCCCAGCAGAAUCUGUGCAAAUGAAAAUACGUAAUGCGUCUACAAGUGUAGCAUUGGCUUUAACGCAAAUCCUGUUUAACCAAGGUCCCAAAGUGAAAGGUUACGCUAGUCCUUUAUUGAUCGACGAGCUAUUGCAUUGUUUCCUAGAAGCAGCUGACUGCAGACUAUUUAAAGAUAUUUCGCCAGUGAAUAGCUUACCAGGACCACCCUUCCCACCAAUGCGUUACAUCAGCGUGCUUAUGAGCCCACAAGACGCUUCUGGUUGGACUUAUCGUCUUAUGGGUUUUCUAUUGUCAGACGAAGUAGAUACACCCGAAGAAAAAUGUGCGCCACUGCCACUGCAAUGGAUUGCGGGACCGAAAGGCGUCGGCGAGUGUCGACACACAACAAAUAAUUAUACUUACGCAUUGAGUCCAGCGUUUUUAAUCGAUAAUUACGACUGGAAAUCUGGGGAAUACUCAACCUGGACUGAAUCGACGUGGACAAAACUUAGCGCACGCAUGUUCCUACGACCGUCCAGAGUACACGAAAUCGUCACACUCUCCAUUGGCAUUGUUGUGUUGAUAAUAUCAUUUUGCUUAAUGUACAUAAUUAGUAGUCGAUCGGAGGUGCUUUUCGAAGGCGCAACGUCAAGUUCCGAUGCGUUAUCGGCUCCGACUGCUUGUUAAUAACAAAAAGCAUACCCCAAAAGCAAUAAUUUAUAAACAUUAAUGACAGCCCGUCUUAAAAAAGAAAAAACUAAAUAAAUUACAAAAAAUACUUACACCUGUGCUUAAUUGGAAUGUGGCAAUAAAUAUAUAUAUAUACUUUCUUACAACACAACAGCAAAUAAUUGUCAAAUCGUCUACUCAUAAAGAUCAAAAACAAUAGCGAUCAAAUUUCAUAAAUACCAGAAUCACUACAACAACAACAACAUCACACCUACUUCCUACCACAAUUGUCCUGUCUUGCAUUAUCUCACCCUGCAGUAUUUUCGCCAUCACUCGUUAAUUGGUAACAAAAUAAUUGUGUGUACAACUCGGCACAAAUGCUGAUUCGUAUAUUUAUACAUACAUACAUAUAUAUGUGCAUAUAAAAGACGAACACAUUAACGUUGUCGCACGUGACGUACUAUAUACACUUAAAGACUGCUGCAAAGUUGUUACAUUUUUACCAAAAUAAAAACCACAAUAUCAUAUGAAAUACAAUAGAUAAAUUUAACAAAAGAAAUUGAAAGUAAUAAAUAGAAAAGAUAAAACGAAACUAUUUUAGUCAUACAUAAAUAGGUGACAUUUAGCAAUAAACGGCAUUUUUCUUACUGAAAAUUACUGUAUUAUUAAUCUACCUUAAACAAUAAUUAAACUGUUAUCCUUAAAAAAAAUAUAUAAAUAUAAAUUUGUCAACAAAUUAAAUAGCUUUGUAAUGAGCACUUUGUGUAUGUCGAUCCUGUUCGAGUGCAAUCAUUUAGUGGGUUUUUGACAUUUAGUUAUUAUUUUUUAUUUUUUUGUAUUAACUCGAAUCACAAUCUAAUAUAUAUGUAUAAUUAUAUGUAAUAUGAUAUUCCAUUUCAUAAUCUAAUUAAAUUUGUAUUACUCAAUAUGUUUCCAGAUUUUCGUAUAAUGCA